GCUGGUUCCAUGUGGGGCUCUCCAGCCCCUCUGCAGCUCAUAGACUUUUCCUCGCAGCAUCUGCUCCACUUAUUGCUGAAAAAGGGGAAAUCUGAGACGGAUCCCAUUACGUGAACAUCUCCCACCUGGCUGAUAUUUCCCUCUGUCCCACAUGUGAUCCGUCUGUGAGCUCACACAGCCCUUAAAAAUCUGCAAGGAUCUUGUUCCGCUGCCGAACGGUAAGUGUCUUUUUGGGGCUAUUCGGCACCGUUUUGGCAAUGGGAGUUGGCAACAGCACCCUGAGUUCUUCCGGAGUUCUAUGAAAGGCUUUAACGUUGGGUUUUUGCACUUUUUCCAUGAUCCACCUGUAGGGAGCAAGCUGGUAUCAAGGAGGGUGUGCUUUCAGGAGGGUUCAGGUUCUGUUUUGGGGGAUAUUUGGUAUAUAAAGAUGGUUUUCACCUUCAGGAUGGGCUUUGGAAAGGAGUUUUUUGUUGGCUGUCCCACUGCCUUCCUUCCUGCAAAGCAGGUUGCUUCCCAGUCCCUUGGGAAGACUGCACCAAGGUCUCUUCUAGCAGAUCACAAAGAAGGGAAGGCGCAAAGAAUGAGGUUAGAAUUCAAGUUUUUGGGAUUGAAAUCUGGGUAGGAAGGUCAGAAUCUGAGAUUUUGGGGUUGAAAUCUGGGUAGGACGAUUGGAUCCUUCUCCGUUGUCCAUACCAAGACUGGAGACACCAAGCUGAGAUGUCAAACCACACAAUGGAGCCUUAGGUAGGACGAACUUGAGGCCAGAUGCCCAAGAGAGGUGUUAAAUUUUGGUUAAAGCUCACACCAGCAGCAGUAGAAAGAAAUGGGUGAUCCAUCCCUUCCAAGACUCAACUUUUAGAAGAAAUUAGGGAAGAAAUACUGCUUCCAUGCUGAACCCUUCUGUAUUUUCACCCCAGGGCAGGGAAAGAGGAUCGCAAGAGGUUGGAGACCGCACCACCAUGGCCUCUGCUGCUUCUAGGGCAAAGGAAAAGGGAGAGGAGGGCUCCCACCGCCCCGUCCUGGAGCAUCAGAUGGACGAUGGAUGCGGCGGUUCCGUGGGUCGUGGAGGUGGCACGUGGCCAGAGCGAGGACGGCUCGGAGAUGCCGAGGUCGUCAGCCACCGAAACCAUCUCAGGAAAGGGAACUUUCACACCAAACUCCAUUUGGCGCAUCUGGCAGAGAAGCUGAAGCUUUUGGGGCUGGAUGGAGACAGAGAGGAGGAGGAGAAACUCUGCUCGUGGCGCAAGAGGACGUUCCUCUCCAAUGGACCAAGGGGUGAUGAAAGUUCCCCUGGAGCCCCCAUAAAGGAAUCAGCGCAGGAGGACAGGGUCAGCCCUGUGUUAUUCCCUAAGGAGCAGAUUCGCAGCGAUUUGGAGAGCCUCAAGAAACAAAAGGAAGAGCUCUUAGAACUGAAAAUGAGCGGAGAGAGGCGAUGCCAAGACCUUUUGGCACGGAUGGAGGCUGAGAGGCAGAAAAUCGUGUCAGAAUUCCGCCAGCUCCGGCGUUUUCUGAAGGAGCAGGAGGUGGUGCUGCUGGCGCGGCUGGGAGAGCUGGACAGGGCUGUGCUGAGGAGGCAGGAGGAAGAGGAGGCCAAGGUGGAGGGGGACAUUUCUCUCCUCAGCAUCCUCAUCUGUGAGAUGGAGGAGAAACUCAAGCAACCCUCAUGUGGAUUCCUACAGGAUGCCAGAAGCACGCUGGGCAGGUGGGAGAUGGGCAGAACCCAAAGGAUGACAGAGAACUUCAAAGACGUGGAACAGAGGCUCUGUGCCAUCUCCCAGCAAAAUAAAAUCCUCAGGGAGACUCUGGGGAGGUUUCAAGAUCUUUUACCAUCUGAGCUGGAGAAGGAGGAAGGAGCAUCUAUAGGAGAAGAGGGAAAAGCGUUUGUCACCCUAGACCCCACCACGGCCACCGCGGGGCUCGUCCUGUCCCGGGACCGACGUGGGGUGAGAUGGAUGGACACAGGGCACGAUGUGUCCCCUUGUCCCCAACGCUUCGACGUCUCCUGCUGCGUGCUGGGCUGUCGGGGCUUCACCUCGGGGCGGCACUUUUGGGAUGUGGAGGUGACAAGUGGUGGCACGUGGGCACUCGGCGUGGCACGCGGCUCUGUGCCCAGGAAGGGUUGGCUCACUUUCCACCCCGAUUAUGGGAUCUGGGCUAUGGGAUGCUGUAGGAACCGCUUCCGAGCUUUCACAUCUCCCCCAUCCACCCUCCCCAUGAGUGGGAAUCCCAACAGGAUUCGAGUGGUGUUGGAUUAUGGAGGAGGACGAGUGGCUUUCUACCUCACUGCCCAAAAAAAUCCCAUAUUUGCUUUCCAAAAUGCUUCUUUUUGUGGGGAGAGCGUCUUCCCUUUCUUCUGGGUGGGCAGAGGAUCUCACCUCCGCCUUUGCCCCUGACAUAAGGAAGAGGGAGGUUGGAAACUUUGGGGUGAGCAUCUCCAUCAGCUCAUCUCCCCCAGCCAUCACAUGCAAUGGGAUCUUCCAGUCUUUGGAUUUUAAGCUCGUUAUGCCAUUAUUUUUAUGGCACCAUAAGAUGGUGCUGUAUUAUUUCUAUGACACUGUAAGAGGAUGGAGCGGAAAUCUUGUCACAAAUUAACAAGAAAAAAAAAAAAAG